UUAAAAAACCGACAAUGAAAAAGUUUGCAUCAUUAACAAUUAUUGGUUCAAUAUUGGCAUUAUUAUCAUUAAUUAUGAUGAUUGAACCUGGUAAAUGUAGUUAUCAUGGUGGUGGUCAUCAUGGUGAUCAUCAUGAUGGUUAUCAUAAACAUAAACCUCAUCCAUAUAAAUUUGGUUAUGAAAUUGAAGAUGGUUAUGGUGGAAAAAAUUCACGCCAUGAAUCUGGUGAUGAUUAUGGCAAUGUGCAUGGAACAUAUUCCUUACAUGAUAAAGAUGGCCGUAAACGUAUCGUUGAAUAUGUUGCUGAUAAAAAAGGUUUUCGUGCUAAAAUACAUUCAAAUGAACCUGGAUUACAAUCACAUCAUGCAGCACAUGCACAUUAUGAUGUUGAACAUCAUGGCUAUCAUGGUGAAUAUGAUGAUCAUCAUGGUGGUUAUGGAAAAGGUGGUGGCGGCGAUGGUGGUGAUGGAUAUGGUUAUCAUCAU